AUGAGGUUUUGCGAAAAUCUAGAGACUAUUCCAAGUUCAGACAAGCUCACAUCCCUCCGCAGCUUGGAGAUUAGAGGGUGUAAUAAAUUAACAUGUCUACCGAAUGGGUUACCAGCAUCGUCACAGUCCUGCAACCUCACCCGUUUGAAGGAAUUGACAAUUGGUCCCUUCUGCGAGGAGCUCGAUGCAUUCCCAGCAUUUCAGGCUAUACCACAGCUUGAAUCAUUAAAGAUCUAUGGGUGGCGUAAGCUCAAGUCUCUCCCUGAACAAAUUCAACACUUGCCUUCUUUAAGACACAUGAAGAUUUUAGGCUUUCACGGAGUGGAGGCUAUUCCAGAGUGGUUGGGAAACCUUGCAUCUCUUGAGGACCUGACUAUUCAGGGUUGCGCGAGUCUAAAGUAUCUACCUUCUGUGGAAGCUAUGCAACGCCUCACCAAAUUGAAAGAGAUAGACAUCAUCGGCUGUCCCCUUCUAGAAGAAAGAUGCACGGAGGAGAGCGGCCCAGAGUUGCAUAAGAUUCGUCAUCUUCCAUUCAUCAAGAGUAAGACUUUUCUUCAUCAAUCACUAAACUAG